AUGUUCUCAUUGAUCUGCUUUUGUUUACAUUUUAGUUUCAAAUGCAUCAGAAGAGCCCUGGAACAGAGUAACAGAUGUCCAAAGUGCAACUUUGUGAUUGAGAAGAAAGAUCAGAUAUUCCCAAACUUCCUCUUAAAUGAGCUAAUCACAAAACAUCAACAGAAGAUGGCAGAAAAGAAACUGAAACUGGACACCACUGAAAUGAUUCAAGACCACCAACUAGUCUACCAAAGAAAAAGUCUGUCUUUAUUCAGCGGCCACCUAAGUGUUGCUUGUUCAGCUAAUGACGAAACUCAGGCUAUCUCUGUAGAUAACACUGGUUGUGCUUCUCUCAGUGGUCUUCAAGACGGUUUCAACGGAAGCCGAUAUGGUAGUAAGCAACAUUGGUUGCCAACUACAGUAGCAGCAAGGAGAAAACGUAUGAACGUACAUUUUGAAGACUUGCAGCAGUGUUAUUUCUCGUCUCGAAGUAAAGAAAUUCAUUUGAAUUCCUCUGCAACCCAGCUUCAAUUACUUAAAGAAUUUUUGGAACAGAUUCGGAAACAAAAAAAAGAUGAACUAGACCAGAUAAGCAAAGAAAUAGACGUCAUUGAUAAGGAUACUAAACAUGUGGAAAAAGCCCAAGGGGUGUCAAAGCUUCAAGAAUUUCUUGCUCAAGAAGGAGACAAGCUGAAUCUUGCUGAUGUCAACUACAUGCUUGAGAUGCUGUCACAGAAAAAACAACAUAUUGAAUUUGAUAAAGACAACGAAUUUUUUGCAAUUGCUGGAGUCACUAAAAAAAUUAAGGUCUUCGAUUAUGGCACAGCAAUAAUGGAUACCAUUGACAUGCACUAUCCAGUAAACAAGAUGGUGUGUAAUUCAGAAAUCAGCUGUAUCAGCUGGAGCUCGUAUCACAAAGGAAUGUUAGCAAGCAGUGAUUAUGAGGGAACUGUGACCAUAUGGGAUGCUUUCACCGGUCAGAAAAUACGGAACUUUCAGGAACACGAAAAACGUUGCUGGAGUGUUGAUUUCAACCGUGUUGACACCAAACUAGUUGCAUCAGGAUCUGAUGAUUCUAGAGUUAAGCUUUGGUCAACUGGAAUGGACCAUUCUGUAACAUCGCUGGAGACCAAGGCCAAUGUCUGUUGUGUCAAGUUUAACCCUGAAAGCAGAUACCAUCUGGCUUUUGGCUCAGCUGAUCAUAGUGUGCAUUAUUAUGACCUUAGAAACAUUAAACAACCCUUGGGAACAUUCCGUGGACAUAAAAAAGCCGUAUCGUACGUCAAGUUUUUGAAUACUGAAGAAAUUGUAUCAGCUUCUACAGAUAGCCAGUUGAAAUUGUGGAAUAUCAACAAACCUCAUUGUUUGCGCUCUUUCAAGGGUCAUAUAAAUGAGAAAAACUUUGUUGGUUUAGCUACUGAUGGUGACUAUGUUGCUUGUGGAAGUGAAAACAAUUCCCUGUACAUAUACUACAAAGGCAUGUCCAAGCAGGUGUUGACCUUCAAGUUUGAUACAGUGCGAAGUGUCUUGGAGAAGGACAAAAAGGACGAGGAAACAAAUGAAUUUGUUAGUGCCGUUUGCUGGAGAAUGGGAACUAAUGUUGUUGUAGCGGCUAACAGUCAAGGAACUAUCAAAGUGCUAGAGCUUGUAUGAAGUUAGAGAAUUUAGGAACGAAAGUGAAUCAUCUCCAGGUAUUAGUACUUAACACUGAUACAGUACAAACUUGUAGAUACUUGGCCAUCUAUAUUAACAAUAAAUUCUUAAUAACCAGGU